AUGGCACAAAAGAUUACUGAUAUUAAGAAAAGAAAAAAAGCUAUGGAUACCACAAUGUCAAUGAUUCAAGAAGCAACUAAAAAUUCAAAAGCUAGUAGCGAUCAAAUAUUGGUAAUAGCAGAAAAUAUCGAAAAAUAUAAAUCAAUGACUAUAGGCAAGUUCAAGUUCAUAGAUAGUAUCCAAUUUAUGAAUACUGGACUUCAAAAAUUAGUAGAAAACUUAGGAGCAGUACCAUGCAAUAAUAAUGAAUCUUUCAAGACUCUCAAUAAACUUAUAGGAGAUACUGAUAAAGUAACAUUAUUACUAAGAAAGGGAGUAUAUCCAUAUGAUUGGGUUGAUUCAUCUGGAAAAUUUGGCGUCAGUAUAAUGGCUGUCAGUAUAAUGUCUGUCGGUCAAUUGGGUACUCUUAGUGGUACUAUAACACCAGAAGACUAUAAACAUGCCAAUCUAGUAUGGGAAAAAUUUGGAUGUAAAACAUUUGGGGAUUAUCAUGAUAUUUAUCUCAAAGCAGAUGUAAUGCAACUCUGUGAUGUGUUUGAAACAUUCAGAGAUACUGCAAUGGAAUACUAUGAAAUAGAUCCAGCAUACUAUAUUUCAACACCAUCUUUUGCUUGGGAUGCUAUGUUAAAAUACACCAAUAUUGAGUUAGACUUAUUUACAGAUGCUCUUAUGCAUGAUGUUACAGAAAGUCAAAAACGUGGUGGUGUAUCUAUGGUUUCAAAAAGAUACGGUAAAGCAAAUAACCCAAAAUGCUCAGGAUAUGAUAAAAAUCGUCCAAAAAAAUACUUAAUGUAUGUAGACACAAAUAAUUUAUAUGGAUGGGCAAUGUCUCAAUAUCUCCCAAGUGGUGGUUUCAAGUGGAUUAAUCCAAAUACUGCUCCAGAUAUUAUGAGUAUCCCAGAAAACAGUCCAAAGGGAUAUACAUUUGUUGUAGACUUAAAAUAUCCUAAAGAGCUAGAUGAUCUACAUAAUGACUACCCACUAGCUCCAGAAAAUAUCGAAAUUACAAGGGAUAUGUUAUCAAAAAAGCAAAAUGAAAUAAUUAAUAAAAAAAUCAAAAUAAUAGAUCCAAAAACUGGUAAAGAAAAAGAAGUAAAAGAAUGUGCUUUUGUAAAAGGUAAGAAGCUAUGCCCAAACCUUAUGGAUAAAAAGGAAUAUGCAGUCCAUUACAGGACACUACAAUAUUAUGUAAAAAUGGGUAUUGAAAUUACUAAGAUUCAUAUGGUAUUAGAAUUCGAUCAAUCUCCCUGGCUUGCACCAUUUAUUAACUGUAAUACUGAUAUGAGAAAAAAUGCUAAGAAUGAGUUUGAAAAAGACUUCUUUAAAUUCAUGAAUAAUUCAGUAUAUGGAAAGACUAUGGAAAAUAUUCAAAAUUAUACUGACAUAAAGUUAAUAAAGCUCAAAGAUGACUGGCAAUCAGAAUGUGCUGUAAUUAAGAAUUUAUCCAAACCUAGAUGCAAAGAUUUCAGAGCUUUUAAUGAUAACUUAUGUGCGGUACAUCUAGGUAAGGAAAAAGUAGUACUUAAUAAGCCAAUGUAUGUAGGAUCAGCUGUAUUAGAUCUCAGCAAGCUCUGGAUGUAUCAAUAUUGGUAUGAUUAUGUUAAGGUAGAAUAUGAUGGAAAAGCAAGUCUUUUAUAUACUGAUACAGAUUCUCUUGUAUAUGAGAUAGAGACUGAAGAUAUCUAUACUGAUAUGGCUAAGAAUUCGGAAUUAUUUGAUUUUAGUAAUUAUCCUAAUACUCAUCCUUUAUACAAUGAGGAAAAUAAAGCAGUUAUAGGUAAAUUCAAAGAUGAAUGUUGUGGAAUGCCAAUGUGGGAAUUUAUAGGUCUCAGAGCCAAGAUGUAUGCAUUUGAGAUUGAGAAUGGACAAAUUACUAAAAAGGCUAAGGGUAUAUCAAAAAAUGUAGUAACCUCAGCCUAA